AAAUUAAAUUUUAGUGACUUGCAAAUUUCAUUCAUCACAUACUAAAAAUUCCUUUUUGUCUAAUUCCCGCAAACACCUUAGCCUAAAUCCAAUCCUGUAAAAAUUGGAUUCCAUCCAAGAUCGUUCAAAUUGCGAACCCAGGAUCCAUUUAUCAGGCUCGAAAUCUGUACCUGUUAAACCCUAAUCAAAGCUCCCACACGCGUAUUCAUCCACCCGAGGGCUCACAUUCGAAUUUCACUGGUGUGAGCUCAUUGUAAAGAUGGUUAAGUUAACGAUGAUAGCUCGUGUUACUGACGGUCUUCCUCUGGUAGAGGGACUGGAUGAUGGUCGUGAUGUGCCAGAUGCUGACUUUUACAAACAGCAAGUGAAGGCAUUGUUCAAGAAUCUUUCAAGGGGCCAGAAUCAGCCAUCCAGAAUGUCGAUUGAAACUGGGCCAUAUAUAUUCCAUUAUAUCAUUGAAGGGCAUGUAUGCUACUUGACUAUGUGCGAUCGUUCUUAUCCUAAGAAGCUUGCUUUUCAAUAUCUUGAAGACAUAAAGAAUGAAUUUGAGCGUGCAUAUGGGAAUCAGAUAGAAACUGCUGCAAGACCAUAUGCUUUCAUAAAAUUUGACACUUUUAUGCAGAGGACAAAGAAACUGUACCAGGAUACAAGAACUCAACGGAACAUUGCAAAGUUGAAUGAUGAACUCUGUGAGGUGCACCAGAUAAUGACCCGCAAUGUACAAGAGGUCCUUGGUGUUGGUGAAAAGUUGGAUCAGGUCAGCCAUAUGUCCAGUCGCUUGACUUCUGAAUCUCGCAUAUAUGCUGAGAAGGCAAAAGAUUUAAACCGCCAGAACAGUGAGCCAAGGGGCUGA